UGGGUAGUGGAAAAAGAAAUGAGAAGAGGGAAAAAGAAGAGUAACAGAGAGAGGUGGAGAGGAACAGGGAGAGAGAGAUAUUUCUAAUAUUCACUUUAUUUCACAAUAUAGAUCCUACAGUUUCUCUAAAAGAAGGGAUCUGUUAUCUGUCUCAUUUCCUCUAAUUUUUUUUUCAGACUUAACAACAACAUGAAAUUAGAAAACAAAACAGAUAUAGCAGAAUUCCUCCUCCUGGGCCUCUCGGAGAAUCCAGAACUGCAGCCCCUCCUCUUUGGGCUGUUCCUGACCAUAUACCUGUUCACCAUACUUGGGAAUCUGUUCAUCAUCCUGGCUGUCAGCUCAGACUCCCACCUCCACACCCCCAUGUACUUCUUCCUCUUCAACCUGUCCUUCAAUGACAUCUGUUUCAGCACCACCACGGUCCCCAAGAUGCUGGUGAACAUUCAGACACAGAGCAAAUCGAUCAGUUACACAGGCUGCCUCACCCAGAUCUGCUUUAGUUUGGUUUUUGCUGGUUUAGAAAAUUGUCUCCUUGCAGCAAUGGCCUAUGACCGCUACGUGGCCAUAUGCGAGCCACUGAGGUACAUGGUCAUCAUGAACCCCUACUUCUGUGGCCUGCUGAUUCUACUGUCCUUGUUCAUUAACAUCAUGAAUGCCCUGCUCCAUAGUCUGAUGGUGCUGCAUCUGACCUUCUGCAUAGACCUGGAAAUCCCUCACUUCUUCUGUGAACUUGGUCAAGUCCUCAAGCUGGCCUGUUCAGAUACCCUCAUCAAUAAUAUCCUAGAAUAUUUUGUGACUAGUGUUUGGGGUGGUGUUACUCUCCUUGGGAUCAUUUUCUCUUACAUUCAAAUUUCCUCCUCCAUUUUGAGAAUCCCAUCACCUGGUGGAAAGUAUAAAGCUUUUUCUACAUGUGGAUCUCACCUCUCUGUUGUUUCCUUGUUCUAUGGGACAGUUUUUGGGGUCUACCUUAGCUCUGCAGCUACUCUUUCUGCCAGGAAGACUGCAAUAGCAUCAGUGAUGUACGUCAUAGUCACGCCUAUGCUGAACCCCUUUAUCUACAGUCUGAGGAACAAGGACAUAAUGGGGGCUUUGAGGAAACUCUUCUCAAGAAUAUCUUCUUUCUAUUAAUGUGACUGUAAUGAAGAAUUAACUUUACACAAAGAUAGAUCUGGCUACUGUUGAACGUCUUUGGGAGGUAUUCUGUAAACUUCA